CCGAGGUGCGCGCGCUGGACGGCGUCUUUAGGACCCGGAUUGAGGCAAGAUGGCUGGCCCGCGGAUUGAAAUUCUGUGUGCCUAGAAACAGAUUUUAGAAGCCAUCUCUCCUCACAAUAUCUUUUUCAAGUCACCCGAUAAGGAUCAUGGCAUCAGCAGUCAAAUGGGUGACAUCAAACAGAACUAUCUGGAAACAUUUAUUUCCAAUCCAAAGUGGAGCUUUAUCUCGUGUGUGUCAUAAGUCUACGUAUUCUUCGCUUCCAGAGGAUUAUAACUGCAAGGUAGAGCUGGCUUUGACCUCCGACGGCAGGACAAUAGUGUGCUACCACCCUUCUGUGGACAUCCCCUACGAGCACACCAGACCUGUCCCUCAACCAGACAUUUUGCAUAAUAAUGAAGAAACACACGAACAAGUGCUGAAAACCAAAUUAGAAGAAAAAAGCAAACAACUUGAGCAAGGUCCCAUGAUAGAGCAGCUCAGCAAGGUGUUCUUCACCACAAAGCAUCGCUGGUACCCGCACGGACAGUAUCACAGGCGCCGUAAGAAACCAGAUCCCCCCAAAGACAGAUGACCACUCUCAAUUUUCCAAGCAUUGAGGAAUUCUGCUUUUGUCUCAUUUGCCAGCUGAGAAAAUGCAAAUGGUGUAUUCAUUAAGAUGUUAUGUAAGAAAAUAAUAAAAACACCCUUUCAUAGAUA